CAGUCCAACUAGAUCUGUGCAAGCGUGCCUUUCAGCUUUUCAACUAAUACAAAUGGCUGUUUUUUGUAGAACGACUGCAUCACUUUUUAAACCGGCCAAUCUACUAUCGUCUGCAUUUGUAUCUAUCCGACACUGCAGCUCAGGUCAGUACCAGUACAUACUGGUGGACAAAAAAGGUGAAAAUAAGAAUGUUGGUUUCAUUCAGUUAAACAGGCCCAAGGCCUUGAAUGCCCUUUGUGAUGGCUUAAUGCAGGAGGUGGGUAAAGCUCUGGAUGGCUUCGAACAAGACACUGGGGUUGGAGCAGUUGUCAUAACCGGCAGUGAAAGAGCCUUUGCAGCUGGUGCAGACAUUAAAGAGAUGCAGGACAGAACUUUUCAGGAGUGCUUUGGUGGCAAUUUCCUGGCUCAUUGGAACAAAGUGUCAACUGUUAGAAAGCCUGUUAUAGCUGCUGUUAAUGGAUUUGCUCUUGGUGGAGGCUGUGAGCUGGCCAUGAUGUGUGACAUCAUUUACGCUGGAGAAAAAGCACAGUUUGGGCAGCCUGAAAUCUUACUGGGGACUAUUCCAGGGUCUGGUGGUACUCAAAGGCUCACUCGAGCAGUGGGAAAAUCACUGGCCAUGGAAAUGGUUCUUACAGGAGACCGAAUCUCAGCACAGGAGGCCAAACAGGCUGGUCUCGUGAGUAAAGUGUUUCCUGUGGAUCAGUUGGUGUCAGAAGCAGUCAAGUGUGGGGAAAAAAUUGCAAGCAAUUCAAAACUUGUUUCAGCCAUGGCCAAAGAAGCUGUUAGUGCAGCAUUUGAACUGACACUAAAUGAAGGCAAUCGAUUUGAAAAGAGAUUAUUCCAUGCAACCUUUGCUACAGAGGACAGAAAAGAAGGUAUGAUGGCAUUUGUUGAGAAGAGGAAAGCUGUUUUUCAGGACAAGUGAAGGUCAUAUCAAUAAAGUGUGUUUUAAACACUAAUAUAUUUACCUGGUAAUUCACUGCUGUUACUGAAAGACUCAAUCAUGACUUGACACAUGUAAAAUUGUUUCAAAACACAAAAUAAAAAAAACCCAAUAAAAUGUUGAUCUUGGAGAAAUUCUAGUUUAUAAUUUUUAGUUGUUAUCUAAUAAAGCUCAGAUUGUUUAAGCUGUGCAUGGA